CGCGACCACGUGACCGCCAACCCACGUGACCUCGCGGCGGCUUCAGCGCGAUGGCGGCGGAGCUGGCGGGCGUCUUGCUGCUCCUCGGGCUCUCUGCGCGUGGGCCCGCGCCAGCAGGUGCCGCGAAGAUGAAGGUGGUGGAGGAGCCCAACACGUUCGGGGUGAACAACCCGUUCUUGCCCCAGGCCAGUCGCCUCCAGGCCAAGAGGGAUCCUUCACCCGUGUCUGGGCCUGUGCAUCUCUCCCGACUCUCCGGCAAGUGCUUCAGCCUGGUGGAGUCCACGUACAAGUACGAGUUCUGUCCAUUCCACAACGUGACUCAGCACGAGCAGACCUUCCGCUGGAACGCCUACAGUGGGAUCCUUGGCAUCUGGCACGAGUGGGAGAUCGCCAACAACACCUUCACGGGCAUGUGGAUGAGGGAUGGCGACGCCUGCCGCUCUCGGAGCCGGCAGAGCAAGGUGGAGCUGACAUGUGGAAAAAGCAACCGGCUGGCCCACGUGUCCGAGCCCAGCACCUGUGUGUAUGCGCUGACAUUCGAGACCCCCCUCGUCUGCCACCCCCACUCCUUGCUAGUGUACCCGGCCCUACCGGAGGCCCUGCAGCGGCGGUGGGACCAGGUGGAACAGGACCUGGCUGACGAGCUGAUCACCCCCCAGGGCCAUGAGAAGUUGCUGCAGACACUUUUUGAGGACGCCGGCUACUUAAGGAGCCCAGAAGAAAAUGAAGCCCCCAAGCUGGAGGGAGGUCCUGACGGCUUGGGGUUUGAGACCCUGGAAAACUGCAGGAAGGCUCAUAAAGAACUGUCGAAGGAGAUGAAAAGGCUGAGAGGUCUGCUCACCCAGCAUGGCAUCCCCCACGCAAAACCCACAGCAGAAACCUCCAGCUUGGAACACUUCGGCCACAAGAUGCCCAGACCGGGGCCUGCAGAGCAGCUGCGGGGCGACCCGGGCCUGCGUGGGAGCUUGUGAGCCUUUGGUGUGAAGAGCCCCACAGAGAAGCCAGCCAGAGGGAACCCCCAGGGACCAGCCGGCCAGGCUUGUGCUCAGAGAAGCAGACAAAACAAAGAUUCAAGGUUUUAAUUAAUUCCCAUACUGAUAAAAAUAAUUCCAUGAAUUCUGUAAACCAUUGCAUAAAUGCUAUAGUGUAAAAAACUUAAACAAGUGUUACCUUUAAACAAUUACUACAAGUAAAUGAUUAUGCAUUAUAAAUACUACCUUCUGGGUUAAGAAAAUUCCAUUCAAUUAACAUUCUCAUCUAAAUAGAUUGAGGCUUCCAUAAAUUAAUCCAUGUGACGUGUCCACAUGGAACGAGGUCUGCUGACCACAGUUACACACGUCGUGACGCCAUUGUAUCACGACUACUAUUGAACACUAGAGUUACAGGCAACAAGACCACGGCGGGACCACCCACCACCCGGCUCCCACGCCCAGGGCCCGCCUGGCCACAGGUGGGAGCCACCAGGCCUGCCUCCAGCUCAGCACCAUCCAGCCACUGCUGUGCACCUCGACCGCCCAGGAUCCAUACCUGAGGCCUCGGCCCUCAAGAGCAGAGUCAGGUAACGAAGGGCCCAGGACCUGGGGCCCCAGGCUCCUGCCUCCAUUUCCAACCCCGGCGAUGCCCGUGUGCCCCGGGCCACUCUUUGGUCUUCCCACCGCACUCCUGUCCUCAGAGCCAGUACUGAUCUGGGGGAGGAGGUACCACCUCCAUCUCCCAGCCGUUCCCCAGCACCACCACCUGCAAGCUGAGCCCUGGAGAUGCCUGAGGGGCAGCCGCCACCUCGUUCCCAGAAAGAGCAGAGCAGCGGCGGACAAGGGCUCAGCUGCCCCUGACUGCUGACAACCAGCGGACCCCCCAGGCAGGCACCACACAUUCCACAAAAGACCAGAGGCCCGAAAUGGGAACCAAGUGCAUAAAUACUAAUGAAAACAAAGGAUUUUAAACACUGAUGACAGGAGCACAAAAUAGACGCAAGUUCUAGAUACUGAGCUAAUAUAAAUCAUCACUAUCAUUAAAAACAGAACAGUCACUAAAACCAAGUCAACAGUUACCUGUAGUAGCGGACUAGCUGCAGAAUGUCACGGAUCCGCUUCCUUUAAAAUGACAGAACGUGGCUAUCAGUUUGUCUUAUGUUGAAAAGUUCUUAAACCUC